UCAAAGUUGAUAAAGUAAAAGCUUAGGUGAACUUUCCUUUUGGAAAAGAAAACAAAGAAGAAUUAUUAUUUUUUCGCUUUUCUUUUCUUUUUCCCAUUUUGAACUACAUUGAACUUAGUCAAGCAAAAUUUUCUGUCAUAUUUUUUUCUUUUUGUUUGUCCCAAAGUUUCACAUUUUUAGUCUUAACUUUCUGGAUUGUUGUUUUGAUUAUAGGACGAUUACUCUUCGUUCUCAUGCAUUAUUUUAUGAUAUAUCUGUAACUACAGAAUCAUUUAGGCAAUGCAAAAGGAAGUUAAGAAAAGAAUAGGUGAUAAAGGGAUUCUAUAAGCAUUUCUUUUGCUGAUCACUUUAAUGCUUUUUCUUUUGCAAAAAAGGGUUAUGCUUUUGUCUUUUCAUUUCAUUCCUUCUUCUACGUCCCCAUACCCUACCAAAUGACUUUAGAUUUUCACUGAGCUUCAUCUCACUUCUUCAAAAUCUGAAAUUCAUUAGUGCUUAAGAGCUAAGACAUGUGAUUGAGUCAAAGAUGUGGCUUUUUCAAGAUUUGGAAGGACUAACCUGUGUUUUGGAUGUGCUUCUCCUAUUAGUUAAUCCAUCAAGUUCGACUAACAAGGAGGACACUCAUUACAUUUCUUGUGAAAUGGGAUGUUAGAUCUCCUCCUUUUUUAUAAAGUAAUUGAAAUGAUUAUACGGCCUCAUUUCAUGUUUCAGAAAGGUAAAUUACCAUCACCGUGCCAACAUCCUAACAAAUCUCCCCUUCCCCUUCUUUCUGCUCUUGGAUGUCGGGAAGAAACAUUUUUGAGAUUUCGCCAAGAUUUCUUGCUACCACAAUAGGCCUCCACUAGAAAUUCUCCAUGAGGCUACAAUCCCUUUUUGCAGCAUCAUCUUUACUCUUACUCAUAUAUUGUCUCUCCUUCAUUGCGGCUGAUUUAAACUCAGACCAGCAAGCUCUUCUAGAGUUUAUUUCGACAGUUCCCCAUGGUCGAAAAAUUAACUGGGAUCCUUCUACCCCGGUCUGCACUACUUGGGUUGGCGUCACUUGCACUUCAGACCUCUCUAAUGUGCUUGCUCUCAGGCUGCCUGCUGUUGGACUGUAUGGUCCGAUACCGGCCAAUACACUUGGAAAGUUAGAUGCCCUUAGAACUUUGAGUCUUCGAUCUAAUAAUCUUAAUGGAAACCUUCCAUCAGAUGUGCUAUCCCUUCCCUCCCUAAAGUUUAUAUAUCUUCAACACAAUAACUUUUCUGGUAAAAUACCUUCUUCCUUGUCUCCCAGCCUUACCUUUCUCGAUCUGUCCUUCAAUUCUCUUACCGGAAACAUCCCAAAAUCGAUACAAAAUUUAACACGCCUCACUGGACUUAACAUUCAAAACAACUCCCUGACUGGAUCCAUUCCUGAUAUUGGUCACCUAAAGCUUAAGCAAUUAAACCUGAGCUACAACCAGCUUAGCGGUCCCAUUCCUGCUUCACUGCAAUCCUUUCCUACUUCUUCCUUUGAAGGGAACUCACUGCUAUGUGGUUCGCCUCUUAAAAAUUGCUCAGUUGGUGCCCCCAUACCUUCUCCAUCUCCCGCUUCGUUGCCCCAGCCAAAGAAAAAGAGUGAAAAGAAAAUAAAUAUUGGAGCUAUCGUUGCCAUCGGCUUAGGUGGUGCUGCCGUGCUCUUCCUCCUCAUGUUAUUGAUUAUUGUCUGCUGUAUGAAGAAAAAAGAUGGUGAAGGUAGUGCUACUGCAGUGAAAGGAAAGGGUAAAAGGACUGAGCAACCGAAGGAGGAUUUCGGAAGCGGGGUACAAGAGCCCGAGAAAAAUAGGCUGGUUUUCUUUGAAGGCUGUUCUUAUAAUUUUGAUCUUGAAGACUUGUUAAGGGCCUCUGCUGAAGUGCUCGGAAAAGGGAGUUACGGAACUACUUACAAGGCAAUCUUGGAGGAAGGAGUAACAGUGGUAGUAAAGAGGUUGAAGGAAGUGGUGGCUGGGAAAAAGGAAUUUGAUCAACAGAUGGAGAUUGUUGGGAGGAUGGGCCAGCAUCCAAACGUCGUGCCUCUCCGUGCCUAUUACUAUUCAAAAGAUGAGAAGCUUUUGGUUUAUGACUAUGCUGUUGCUGGAAGCUUUUCGAGAUUACUCCGUGGAAGCCGAGAAGGUGGACGAGCGCCACCGGACUGGGAAACAAGAUUGAAGGUUUCACUGGGGUGUGCCAAAGGCCUUGCACAUAUCCAUUCAGCAAGUGGGGGAAAAUUCAUCCAUGGCAAUAUAAAGUCCUCUAACAUCCUUCUCACACAAGACCUGAAUGGUUGCAUUUCAGAUUUUGGCCUGACUCCUUUGAUGAACUCUCCUGCCAUUCCCUCUAGAAGUGUAGGUUAUCGUGCUCCAGAGGUGAUCGAGACUCGAAAAUCAACUCAAAAGUCAGAUGUUUACAGCUUUGGAGUCGUUUUGCUGGAGAUGUUGACUGGGAAAGCGCCAUCCCAGUCGCCAGGCCGUGAUGAUGUUAUGGACCUUCCGAGAUGGGUCCAGUCUGUGGUAAGAGAGGAAUGGACAUCUGAGGUGUUUGAUGUAGAGCUAAUGAAGUAUCAGAACAUUGAAGAAGAGCUUGUUCAAAUGCUCCAAAUAGCGAUGGCUUGCGUGUCUCGAGUGCCGGAUAUGAGACCAACAAUGGAAGAAGUUGUUAGGAUGAUUGAGGAAAUCCGACAAUUAGACUCGGGAACUCGACCAUCAUCAGAAGAUAACAAAGCCGGGGACGGAGAGGAUGACUUGAAUACUCCGACCUUGUAAUUGUUUUCAACUCAUCCAUUCGUCUUCAAGAAUCUGAAACCUUCAUCUAACAAUGAGUUGUUGUCUGUGUGAUGUAAUUUUUUUAAAAAAGUAUUUGGAGGGUCUUAUUGUUUUGGGUUUUGAUUGGUUGUCUGUAUUUUCUCUUGUAAUAACCAUGUCAAAGUUGUAUCCAUUAUAAAUUAUAAAGUAGCCAGGCUGCUGUUCUAUUAGUUUCAUUCAUAAGUAAUCAAAUUUGAGUUAUGGAUUUCAUGUUGAACACAA